AUGACCUUGAACUUUCUACUUGAGUUUAUCAUAUUGGUUUGGCAGCGGACAUUACUAAACUUCAGUCUAUUGGCCGCGAGCAUUAAUAUUGCCGAUAUCACCCCACCGGGGGUCGCUUCUCCCAGCUACCUAGGAGGGGGCUUUAUACAGCCGUCUCUUCCAUCUCCGGCUCCUUCGCAAUCCACGGCCAUUCCCUCUAUCCUUCCCGAGCAAAGAUCUCAUCCGCUUCGAGCGGGUUCCAUGAAGGAGACCACUGUGAUCAAUCACGUCGACAAGACCAUCCUCACCAUCAACCGGCGACAUGCUAAGAAAUUCAGCAGCGCUUAUGACGAUCAAAGCCAGCCCGAUUCUGGACGAGGGUAUGAGAGCUUCCAGGAAGUUGCCAAAGACAUCGAGGGGUUGGUCGAUGUUCUUUGGGUCAGUGGAACGCCGUCGCUCCAAAUACCGUAUCUGAUUUCUUUGGCGGUGCUAAUAAACUCAUAUCUUCCCGAGUACCCUUUUUCUCCAAAGGCAACUUUCCGUCUACUCAAAAGGUUGGACUCCGUGUUUGCCUCUCUGUUGACCGGAGAGGACGCGGAUUCGGGCGCCCCUCUAUCUGGGUUUGAGAGCAGGUCCAAUAUUGUCUCGAUGACGGAGAAGGUCAGAAUCAAGAGCAUCGCUGAGACGUGCCGUGUAGCCGUUGUGGAGGCCAGGGAGCAAGUUGACGAACCCGCCGGUCAGGAGGAAGAUGAGGACAGCGGCGGCGACGACGACGACGACGAUGACAUAGAAGAUGUUUACGGAACCGGCGACUACUCUCCCGAUGCCCCUGGAAGGUGGGAGAUGGAAACUGCUCGGGUCUACGAGAAGACAAUACAGUUGUUAGGGGAUGACUUGGGGAAAGCCGGUGACAUCUGGGAUGAUAACAUGGCCGCUGGCGAUACGUGUUAA